UAAGACAUGUCAGUUGUACCACACAGAGACAAGACAGAGACCUCAACAAUCUCCUGGGAGCAUUUUGAACAAGAAGGAAUCAACAUGACUGGAGCUGCCGUAUGCCUUCUUUUCCUCCUCUCUGUAUGUUCGGCAUGUUACAUCUCUAACUGCCCAAUCGGUGGUAAGAGGGCUAUCAUGGACGCCCCGCUGCGCAAGUGCAUGUCUUGUGGACCGGGAGACAGGGGCCGCUGCUUUGGCCCCAGCAUCUGCUGUGGGGAGGGUCUGGGCUGCCUGCUGGGUUCCCCAGAGUCCAUUCACUGUGUGGAGGAGAACUACCUGCUGACUCCCUGCCAGGCAGGAGGAAGACCCUGCGGGUCCGAGGGAGGACGCUGCGCUGCUUCGGGACUUUGCUGUGAUGCAGAAAGCUGCACCACGGAUCAAUCCUGCCUCGUUGAUGAGGACGAAGACAACCAAACCAGCCUGUUCGAGGGCAGCGACCCCAGCGACAUCAUCCUGAGGCUCCUGCGUCUGGCCGGCCACAAUUCACACCGAACCCACCAAUGAGCUGCUCCCUGCACCAGCAACGGAACAAGAGUUCAUACAGUAUAGCUAUUUCUAUGUUUGUCAUUACUUUUAGCUAUUUCCUUUGGAAUGCUUCUGUAGAGUGCCUUUGUCAAUAUAUUUUUAUGUAUGAAAAUAGGGAUGAAUACAGACAGAUCAUCCAGAAAUCUGCAUGCUGAAAUAAAGUUUGGAGAGAGUGUAAGAUGUUGUGUUUUAUUUAAAGAAUACUUUACAUACAUUUUUUUUUACCACAUCUUAAAGAACACGUGUGCUGUGGCAUUAUCAG